ACUACGUACUUGUUCGAUGAAAAGGAAAAAGUGAUUCUCUUAAAUUUUUACUCAGUAGCCUUGUAAUAUUUAUAGACAUGGCAGAUUCGAAAAGGACCAAAAGUGACUCCAGUGACAUUAACCCCACAGGGUUGCAGGAGGUCCAGAGAGGAUCCGAGAGCCACCAACCCAAUAAACAGAACCCACUUCAGAGUUACAAGAUGGAUGCCAGCCAUUGCGGACUCUGUUUGAUCAUAAAUAAUGUGAAGUUUUUACCUGAGUCCUACUUAAGAAGCCGCAAUGGAUCCAACAUAGAUUGUGAUAAACUUGAAAAGCGAUUCAAGUCCUUGAAUUUCAUUGUUGAUGUUCAGCAGGACCUGACUCACGAGCAAAUAAUUCAGCAGUUGUCAGCCCUUUCUAAGAAGGACCAUACGAAAUAUGACUGCUGCAUUGUGGUCAUUUUGUCUCAUGGCUCUAAGGCAACUAAGAACCUCAUCCCUGGUGCUGUGCAUGGAGUGGACGGGCCUACAGUUCCAGUUGAGGACAUUACCAGUUUCCUCAAUGGGGAGCACUGUCCAUCUCUCCAGGGCAAGCCCAAGAUCUUCUUCAUCCAGGCCUGCGGUGGAGAUGAAAAAGACAAAGGACGUGAAGUGCCUAUUCAAGAGUCCAGCGACCGCUACAGUAGGGAUGCUGUCCCUGUAUCUGGGAGUGACACACUAACGGACAAGCCAGACAAGUUCAGUGUUCACACAACACUGCCAGUGCCCAGUGACAUCCUGGUGUCAUACUCUACUUACCCAGGGUAUGUCUCAUGGAGGGACAAGGAGACUGGCACCUGGUAUGUGGAAACCCUGGACCAGAUCUUGGCAGAAAAUGCAGCAUCAAAUGAUCUGGUUACCAUGCUGACGAUGGUCAACAACAAGGUUGCACAGAAUAGUGUUAAAGACAUAUCUACAACCUACAAACAGAUGCCCUUCUUCUUAUCUUCUUUAAGAAAGAAUCUCUACUUCCAAUGUUCUCCCAAGGGAGACAGUUAGAGACUCCAUGGAACAUCCCAGGAUGUUUCUACAACGCUGUCUCUUCAAUACAGGACUGAUACAACCCGGAUUCCAUAUUACUGGGCCUGCACAUUGGACUCAGAUUUAUAGAUCUUUAUUUGUUUUCUAUGUGUUCUUCAGUUUGUGGAUCAGGAACUCAUAGUUUAGACACUUACAAAACCUAAUUAGUAGAGCCAUUUAUGAUGUACCUAAUUAUUUUGAUUCACUGAUUAUUUAUUAAUUAUGAAUAUUUGAUGGUGGAAUAUGAGAUUUUUACCAAUAAUUGUAUCUUCAAGAUGUAGUUAGUGUAUUUUAGGAUAUAAAGUGUAUUUUAGUACUGUUUGUCCUAUAUUGCAUUGUUGUUUAUCCUGGUGUCCCCCACAGCACCUGUCCCCUCCCCUGAAACUGUGACACAAGAAUUUCAAUUUGGCUAGUAAUGUGAAUAUGUAACUCAUUCGGUGAAGCUGCUCACUAUAAAAGCGAGUUUCAAAACAAAACUGCUGUGUUGACACAAAUUAUAACAUAACAAAUAAAGCCACCUAUUCAAUUAAAUAUA